UGUGUUUAUUUUAUUUUUGUAGUGUCUUGACUUUUUGUCUUUGGAUUCAUCUGGGGUAUAUUUAAAUUAUAAAUAUGUGUUAGGAACUGAAGAUCUAAUUAAAACAUCUUUAUUGACAUGUGAUGCAGUUCUUGUAGUUUUCAAUUAACUCUGUGUAAUGGGAAAAUAACAUGUAUUUUCCAAUUGGUUGGCCAAAAGUGAUCAAAACACCCGAAUUGGGUGACUCUACAAUUAAACAUAUAACUUCUAACAGGGACAGAAUAUUAUUUGCUAUUAUUACAGACGACUGUCUAGGAAUAUGGUUUUGCAGACCAUGUGUACCAAUCGUUUUUCACCGCCGUUCACAAGUAUCUAUAGAAAAAUUUGGGACAAAUGUUAUUGCAGAAUGGAAACCAGAUUCAAGUAUGAUUGUCAUCGCGACUUCAGAGGGCCAUCUACUUUUUUACAAGAUAGAAGUCCCACCUGAUCAUAAAGGCCUCUAUCACCAAACUGAUUCACCCCAUGUCAAUCUUCGAAGAGAUAGUGCCGAGUUAUUUAUAAAAGAAACAAUACCACCUUUAAAGUUAAUUUUGAGCGAAGAAAUUACAGUAUGGGAUGGAAAAAUUACUGGCGUUGUGUGCAUCACAAUGAUGGAAAUAAUGUUAUCAACAACAAACAACCACGUUCUGAGGUAUCGAUGGGAUGGAACACAAAACAGAGAUUAUGCAUUAGAUUUAAGAAGGAUACCAUUCUGUAUCAACCAACAAGUUGCUAAAGCGGUACCUAUAGUCGAAGAAAACAUUUAUAUCACCGGCAUUGAAUACUCGCCUCUAGUGGGUGGUUUUUCAAUAGUUCUGAACGAUGGAAGAGCGGCAUUCUUGACAGCGCCAUCUUUGAAAUUCGAUCCAAAUCAAGUUCAGGGCAUUUGGGCUCAGGGAAUGGAUGAUGCUACGUGUACAAAUAUUAAUCAUAAGUUUAGGCUGAUUACUUUUGGUCGUUUGAAUUCGGAAUGUGUUGUUUAUACUAUUGAUGAAAGUACAGGUGGUUUAGAGAUAUCACAUACUUGUGUUCUUAGCAGUAAAGAUUAUCCUGGGGAUCCAGGUGCUGUUGAAAGGGUCCUUUGGACACCCGACGGUUGUGCCUUAGUUGCAUCUUGGUCAAAAGGCGGUAUAGCCAUGUGGUCAACUUUUGGAGCACUUUUGAUGUGUUCCUUAGGGUGGGAUUAUGGUUUAAAUAUUGAUUUAGAGAGAAGCAACCCUUUACAAGUUGCUUGCAUGGAAUUUUCAACAGAAGGUUAUCAAUUGUGGAUGGUAAGGAAGCAUUGUGGACAGAAAGAUUCUGAGGGCAAUGUCACUACCCCGACAAGUUUAAUUCAGCUCGAUUUUGUUAAAAGUGCCUUGGCGAUUAAUCCCUGCAUGAGCCAUCAAAGUCAUCUCUACCUCCAAGGUGAAGAUAAACUGUAUGUCAAUUCAGCCAAUACAUUCAUCAGGGUUUUUUCGGGAAGAUCAAAGAAGGAAGACUUGUUUGGAGAUAACAGUAGUUUCUCUCUUUCCACAACACUAGCUGAAGGGCGUCAGUGGCUUGUUAUUCCUGUUCCUUCCACGUAUUAUUCUACUAACUGGCCUAUCAGAUACUCAGCCAUCGAUGCAGAAGGUCUCAGUAUUGCCAUAGCAGGAAGAACGGGAUUAGCUCAUUAUUCUGUCAUAUCAAGAAGAUGGAAGUUGUUCGGGAACGAAACGCAGGAAAAGGAUUUUAUUGUUGCUGGUGGAUUACUCUGGUGGCGGGAAUAUAUGGUUAUGGGUUGUUAUAGUAUUUUAGAUAAUGGAGAAGAACUACGGUUUUAUCCACGGGAAUCAAAAUUAGACAAUAAAUUUGCGAGAAUAGUCCGAGUACCUGCCCCCAUAUUGCUCAUAAACAUCUUACAAGAUCAACUGAUUACUCUAGGAUCUAAUGCUCAAGUUUGCAUAUGGCAGUUGCAAUUAAAUGAUAAUGUUGGAGACGUGGAUGUAAUAAAAUCCCAAGUAGUUGAUAUAUCAGCAUUAGCAAUACAUCCUGCUUGUAUAGCGUCUGUAACGUUGACUUCGUUGCGGACAGAAACCGUUAGAGGUCAGCAUUCUGUCAAUGAAAGUAUAUUAUUAAAUGUUAGCGGUCGUCUACUGUUAGUACAAAGGGAAUUGAGAAAUGGAGAAAAAUACGCUUGUUUGUUACCGACUGUUCUUGCCAGCUGCGUGGAGAAUGUUUGGGUUCCUAGACAAAGACGACUAGAAAAGGCCCAUUUAACGGAGGCUCUUUGGCUGUUUUGCGGAUCACAUGGUAUGAGAGUUUGGCUUCCUUUGUACCCAAGAGAUGGAGACAAAACACACGCUUUUAUGUCAAAAAGAAUAAUGUUACCAUUUCAUUUACGAAUUUAUCCUUUGGCAAUAUUAUUUGAAGAUGCGGUCAUAUUGGGCGCUGAAACUGAUACAGUUCUCUAUUCUUCUGACUCUAAUUCACCAUUUUCCUUACCAUUAUGUGUUUUACAAAGAACUAGUCAAGUAUACUUACACCAAAUAUUAAGGCAGCUAAUAAGAAGAAACUUGGGCUAUCAUGCUUGGGAAAUAGCCAGAAGUUGUAUGGGUUUACCAUACUUUCCACAUUCGUUAGAAUUGUUGUUACACGAGGUUCUAGAGGAAGAAGCCACAAGCAAAGAACCCAUUCCCGAUGCUCAAUUACCUAGUGUUUUAGAAUUUAUAAUGGAGUAUCCAGUUUAUUUACAAACUGUAGUACAAUGUGCACGUAAAACGGAGAUAGCGUUAUGGCCGUAUCUGUUUUCUGUAGCAGGAAAACCAAAAGAUCUUUUUCAAGAGUGUCUCGGAAAAGGACAGCUUGAAACAGCUGCAUCGUACCUUAUUAUUUUACAAAAUUUAGAAACAUCUUCAGUAUCUAGACAAUACGCUACAUUAUUGUUAAAUACCGCAUUGGAUAAAUCUAAAUGGAAGCUUGCUAAAGAUUUAGUUCGUUUUCUCAGAGCAAUAGAUCCCAACGAUGUCGAAUCAGAAUCUCCUCGAACGUCUUUUAUUUUACCCCCAAAGCUAGGAAUGCCUCCAACUACAACAUCUGUUAGUCCUAACGCUGAAGAUCUGUCACUUAUUUUGGGCAACGUCCAAGGACCAAGGGUUAGAAGCUACAGUACUACUAUUUCACCAAAACUAGUAGAGAGAUCGAACAGUACGUCAGGAAACACUGGUACUACGGCAGAUCUUGAUGCUAGGAAAAAAUCAGUGACUACCUCAGUAGGAUAUUCUAAAAACGAAAAAACUUCAAAAACCAGUACCUCAGAAGAAUUUUUCAUUGAUGUAAUUUUGCAAAAACACGCCAGACGACUUCUAUCUGCCCGUCGUCUAACAGAUUUGGGCUAUUUUGCAGCAUACCUUGAUUUUCAUUUGGUUUCCUGGUUAGUUAAGGAACGGGAUAGAGCCGCGAGAGUGGAUGAUUUUGUAAAGACGUUAAAACAAGUUCACGAAGACUUUAGUUGGCCUUAUCCUAGUUCUAAUCUUCCGAUUGCGAAGAAAAUCAGUAUUUCAACUCCUCAAUCACCUCUGGAAAGCCCCAUGUCGAACAUGGAAGAUCAGUUACGAUCGUUGAAAGGAGAAGUUUUCAAUUAUCCUGCCACUUCUAGUCGGAUUGGGGACAGUGGUUAUAUGUCACUUCAAGGCCUACCGUAUACAGGUUUGGUGACGCCUGUUAAUACUCUUGAUCAAACUAGUCAGAUGGCCGAAACAGACAUAGACGAACAAAGUAUGUGUAGUACGCAUGUAGAUAGAAAUAAAAACGAAUCUAUUGAACAUUCUGAGAAAAAAAUGUCCGACAGUUUUGGCACAAGUUUUAACUUGAAGUCCACUGUACUCAGUUCUGCGAUAGAUGAAUCUCUCAUGAGCACUGUAAGCUCUAUGUGGGGAGAUGAAAGAGAUUUAGGCUUACCUGGUAUCGAUAACUGGGAGGUUCCGUCCACUAAGAUAUUAGAACAGUUAUCUAACUCUGAUAACAAAGGAUCCCAAAGAUCUGAAGUACAAUUAAGGUAUCUUUUGCAAUUAUUUAUGGAAGCAAAUUGUUUAGAAUGGUCUUUAGUUUUUUCAAUUCUGUUGAGAGAUGCUAUGGCUGUAUUACGUAUUAUAAAUGCCGCGAAAUCUCAUGAUCAGACAGUCGAAACUGUGUCAAGGUUACGACAAGGUCUUCUCAUCAUCAAUUAUUGGACUAAUAGUGAAUGCUUGGGAUACUCUGCAUUCAUGUUGGCAAUACAUAAUCAAAUUUCCGUCCUUACAAGAAUUUUGGAAGUAAAAGUCCAACAAGUCCAACAACAGGGUGUAGCUUCUAAUAAUGUAACAACGCCAAAACCGGUGCGGUCCCGCAAAUCCAGUUCGAAUCAAGAUGGCGGCAAUUUACAAACAACGAUAAAAGAAAAGGUGGAAAGUCAUCUUCAGAAUGACGUUUUAGAUGACAGCAGCUCAGGCAAUAUAGAUAAGAUAGAAAAUAAAGAAAUGAUAGAUAUUAAUUCUGCACCUAAGAGCACAGGGUGUGUUAUUUCCUAAUGUUUUAAACGAUUUUCAAAGUGUUAUAAAAUUUCGUCAGUGGAAUUCAGAAAUUUUAGGAGAGGAUCAUAUUGAACGGUCCAUGUCAACGUCAAGACGUUUAAUCGCCCAAUACGAAGAAUAGCUGAAGUGCAGAUUCCUGGAAGGAGUAGGAGAGGAAGACCAAAGAAGACCUGGGGGGAGGCGAUAAGGCAGGACAUGUUGUUAAAGGGGAUUAACAUUGAUAUGACCCAAGAUCAAAUUGUGUAUGGAGAAAUGCAAUUAGGGAAGCCAACCCCGCAUAGGGGUUCAAUGAUGAUGUUUCUUCACAAGUUAUGACCAUUGUCUGAGUCUCAGUUCUUUUCAAUUCAGGAUGACAGAACAAAUGUCUACGAUGCAUUUUCUGUUCCGCCGUUAGGCUUGGCAAAAGGUUAGCACACACUUUCCUCGUGUUAAGUUCCCCAUGAAAAAUUUGUGUCAAAGUUUAUUUAUUAAUGACCCGUGAGUAAUGAACUAUUACUCACUGGUAAAGUAAUGGGCGAUAUUAUCUAUUCAAAAAUAGUGAAUAAUGAGCAUGUUAUUAAACGGUCGUAGAAAAAAUACAUUACUCUUUUUGUUAUUUUACGCAUUUAUGGAUCAAUAUUUUAAUUCACUCAUAUAAUUUGAGUAGUCAUAUUGUAUAUUGGUUUACAAAUACAAUUAUUGUAUAUUGGUAAUUUUAACUUUGCAAUCAGAAAGUGUAUUGUGCAAUUAACUACCACUUACUUAGAGUUACUUCAGCGUAACAAGUUAGCUACAUAUUUGAUCUAAUUGUACAGGAUGGGCUAUUAGUAUAUUGAAUAAUAUUUUUAAACAUAUAUUAACAGCAUAAAUUGUAACAAUAACAUUCGGUAUUGUUAAUUCGUGCAUCUUUUAAAAUGCAACAACAAUUUCUUGGUAAAAAAAAAAGAAUGUGUGUGUACUUUGUACGCACGUAAGAAGUUAUACUUCUAUUAUUAUGAUUUCAACGAAAUUAAUAUACUUAACAGGUUAUUUGUAUUUUAUUUAAAUAUUAAACUAACUUUCUUUACCUCCCACUUUUAAAAAAUUUUUAUUAGAACGAUACCAAAAAUAUAAAAAAAAAGAAUAUGAAUCGUCCGGGAUUUGAACCCGGGACCUCUUGAUCUCCGGUCACACGCUCUACCACCGAGCUAUAUCCCUUUUGCUUUCACAGCUUAUAAAUAUCUUAUUCCCGAGGAAGACAAAUCCAAAGACACAAAAAUUAUAAUAAAUAAUACAUUUACUAAGAACACUAAUAUAUCCUUUUAUAUGAUAUAAUAUGACUUAUUUGCGCUGACAGCGCUGAUACGUACAUAUCUUGAAAGAUUAGCAACGAAAUACAUACUGUCUGUGUGCGCAUGCGCCCGGCAUUAUAAAAUUUCACUCUCGAUCGUAAAGAAGUAUAACUUCAAAAAUCUUAGUAUGCAAUAAAUACUAAUAGGCCAAUCGUGCAAGUGUUUGUACAAGUGCAAGCAAUAUGUUGUAAAAAAUAUUAUUACUUUUAUAGUUACCUAAGCAAUAUGUUAUUUUAAUAAUGGAUAUUAAACCUUUCUGUGAUCUUAUGCAAACAAAUCAAUUCUAAGAAAGUCCAAAAGUUUUGAUAAUAGAAAAUCUCUCAUAUUUGAUAGUCCGUUAUCAUUCAAUUUUAAGAUUCUGAAGAAAAAUCGGGGCUUAUUUCAAUUUAGACCAUUGUUUUUUAAUUGUUAUAUUAUGCGCGUCCACUCGAUUUUUAAGCCGCCUCAGCGCACCACACUAUAUGGUGCUUCUCUGUCGCACUUAUGCAUAUUAUACGUACUUACGCGAAAAAUUUUGUAAUUAUACAACUUUGGGCGUAAUAAUAAAUACUAGGUUGAUUUUUUACAACAGUUAUAAACAAUUGACGAUUUUGCCCCAUUUUGCACUUUUCGAAACAACAAAUUAAUUUUAUAACUUUUAAGUAAACGCUAUUUUAAAGCUUUACGUGGCGCUACUUCUGUGACGACCUAAAGAGCGUCACGGAAGACGGAAGUAAUGCCACGACACGGCUUCACUGAAUUAGCGUCUCGACACGAACGAAGUGAGUUUAUACUCUUUAGAGAAUAGUACAUUAUUCGCGCUUGCGUGCACAUUUUAUAUAUUUGUUCAUGUUGAAUAAGUUAUUAAAACCUACACUCCUUAGUAACUUAUUUAUUGUCUUGUUAUGAGACAAGAGACAAACAUGUUAUGUUGCAACACAGAGAAUAAAUAAUUUUUAAAAAUAUAAAACUUCUUAUUGUAAAAUAAUAUCAUGUAUAUUUGACACAUUUUAAAGUAAAAUCUAUAAUAUCUAGGACGGACUAUCAAUAGAGAAUGUUUUACCUUCUUGGAGACAUUUAUGUAUUACACACCUUACAAAUUUUUAUGAUUUUCAGUUUUUAAACAGAACCUAUUUAACUUCCACAAAUAUGUAACAGGAAAAUAAUGCGCUUGUUUUUUGGUUAUAGUUUAAAAACUGAAUUUAAAGAGGUUACUAUUUUUACAUAUUCUUAACAUAAAAUGAUAAUUAAAGUAUUAUUGUCCAAAAAUGAACUAUGUAUAAUAAAAGUGUUUAUAAUUUUAUUUUUAAUGGUUAAAUGUAAAUGGUUAAACUUUCUCUUUUUCAUAGGUUGUUGGCGUUAUACCUGCUGUAUCUUAACUGAAAUUAUAUAUUGAUCUCUUUUUCAUCUUAUUUUGCAGUUUGGUUUAUUUUCUUUCAUUUUUUAAGUGCAUCUCAGUCCAUCUUAUUCUUCUUCUUAAGGUGCAUUUCUUCUUGGCGUCCGUCGUACAUUGUCUUGUCAGGUAACAUGUUAGAUAGUCAGGAUUAAAUUAUUCUGUUUUUAGCAGCAUUCAGAACCAUUUUAUAACUACAAGUAGGAAAAAUGAAAGAAUACCCAUGAACGAACAUAUAAAACACGAGGUAUUUUCCUGUCACCGUAUCACACAAAAAAUUGGGCAGCGCAAGUACAUGUAAUAAUUAUUGUUACAUGUACUUGCACUGGACAAUUUUCUUUGUGACACGGUGACAGGAAAAUACAGCGUGUUUUAUAGGUUCGUUCAUGGGUAUUCUUUCAUUUUUCCGACUGUAUGUAUUCCUGUCCAUUGGCGAAUAUUACGCAGUCAUGACAUAUUUUUACGCCUUGGACAUCUCUUACCCUCUAUCUUUCCUUCGAGUACCAAUUGCUGAAAAGUGUAUAAUAUAUAUGCCUUAAGUAUGCAGUAUUAUUUAAACGUAACACUUAAGCAUCUUGUAUCUCGGGUUGAAAUCCAACUUGCGAUCAGUCAAAGAUUUACGAAGCCUCAAAAAAGCAUUUCUGGCUUGUUCUACUCUGCUCUUUAUUUCAGUGUCAGGGUCCCAACCCUCGUUCAGCAGACAGCCCAAGUGUUUAAACUGCCUAACUUGUUCGAUUUCUUCUCCAGCGACAUUAUCUUUGCGUUUGGGUAAUUAUUUCUACCUAUAAUAAUUGUUUUUGUUUUCAUGAUAUUUGUUUUGAAACCCAGAGCUGCAUGUCCAUUUUAUGAUACAUAUUAUUAAAUAAUUCUUCAUUACCAUUCUCGUAAAUUGUGAUUUAUUGUCGCUGGUGCCUACAUCGUCAGUGUUAGAUAUAUUAUCUAAAUUAAAAAACAAAUGUUAUUAAUACAUAGUUCAUUUCCGAUACAAAAUACUUAACUAUCUUAUUAUUUUUAAAGAGCUCUUAUAAAUUGUUAUCUUUAGUAAAAAUCAUAUUAUUAUUAGAAGAAUCACUGAAUCGACUAAGUAAUAAUAUAUAAAUUGGUAAUGUUAACAUUUUUAUACUGUUUGUUGACUAAUUUUUAUCAAAUACUCUUCAAUCUUUGUAUAUAUUUUAUUUAUUUAUAUGU